AUGGAAGUGGCGCUGCUGACAGUUGUGCAGGAGCGGCUGCGGAUUCCGGAAGAGCCUUAUUCGUGUGUCUGUACAGUCGACGCGAAGGAGUUCCAGGAGCUGCUGCGGUACAUACACUCCAUUGCGGAAAGCGUUAGAAUUCGGGGAGAAAAAGAUUCUCUUGUGCUUUCCGCGAAAGGCGAAAACUUGGCGGUCACCCGAGUCAUCCACGCACCUGACAUGCAGUGCAGCGAGAGUUUCGAGCAGGACUUCGCAGUGCGCUACUUGUCGAACUUCGUGAAGGGCGCCAGCCUCUGCGAACGCCUCGAAGUGGCCAUGACUCAAGGCACUCCCAUGCGCUUCACUUUCCCGCUGCCGCCGCCCGGCCACUGCAGCGCAGCAGCAGCAGCAAUGGCUGUCGACGCGGAGGACUUGAGCUGCCUCCGCUUCUACGUCGCGCCCAAGAUCGACGAGGACUGA